GGAGGGGAGGGGGCGGCCUCGGCUCCUCUCGGCAAUCUUCGGCUCCGCUCGGCCAGGGGAGGGCCGAGGGGGCGGUGGCGCGCAUGCGCAGCUGCGCUGCGAAGCGGAGGCCUCCGAAGCGAGGUCGUGUUGCCAGAAUCCAAAUGGCCCUCUUGAACAGGCAGCUGGGUUUUUCCUUAACCCACCUAAGGAGCGCAGUCAGCCAGCGUCACUUCAGUAUCACAGCAGCAUGCCGAGCAAUACAGAAACUUACUCGUGUGCGAGUGGUGGACAACAGCGCCUUGGGGAACACGCCGUACCACCGGCCACCAAAAUGCAUCCACGUGUAUAACAAGACUGGAGUUGGCAAAGUAGGAGACAAGAUUCUUCUGGCUAUCAAAGGAGAGAAGAAGAAGGCUUUGAUUGUAGGGCACAAGAUGCCUGGCCCUCACAUGACGCCUAGGUUUGAUUCUAACAACGUGGUACUCAUAGAGGACAAUGGAAAUCCGAUAGGGACUAGAAUAAAAACACCCAUACCAUAUACCCUGCGACAGAAAGGAGAGUUCUCCAAAGUGUUGGCCAUUGCCCGCAACUUUGUAUGAGGUUCCUUCGUUUUCUGAAGAAAGAUUUCUGGCGAUCCCAUUCAGGUUUUUUAAUUCUGUAGCUGUUCCUGGGUCCUUCACCUAAAAAGGUGAAGUGUGAAAAAGCUGAGGUUCAUCACCUGUUUGUGAAUUGCAAACAACUAAUUUAAGUAUUGAAAUACCUUGUUUUUCUCCCAAAGAUGGGUGAUUUGUUUUGCGGAAAUGUCUGCAGUGUGUUUGGGAAAUGCUCAUUCAUUCUCACUGUUCUGGUGGUGUUACUUUGGACUCUAACCAUUAAAAUGAGAACAUGAAAAUC